CGUAAAAAAACGUAAACAAACGCAAACCAGUGCAUUCGCGAAAAAAGUGGUUUUUUACAUAUUUCACCCUCCACUCGCUGUACAUAACCGUUUCAUUAUUCGUUCGAUACUUCGCCUGCGAAACCUCACCAUGGACGACGAAGAGUACGAGCGGUUCGAAAUCACCGACUACGAUCUGGCGAACGAGUUCAACCCGAACCGGGGACGCCGCCGGCCGACCAAGAACCAGCAGAUCUACGGCGUCUGGGCGGACGAUGAUUCGGAAAACGAGGGCGACGAGGGCAGCGGUGGCCGGCGACGUGGACGGAUGGGGGGCAAGCAACCGAAAGACUACUCCGCCCCGAUCGGGUUCAUUGCGGGCGGCAUCCAACAGUCGGGCAAAAAGCCGGAAAAGGACCGGAAACCGUCCGACGAAGAUGAUGACGACGAAGGCGACGAGGCGAAUGAUGCACGGCCCCGCUUUGGUUCGAAAGCGGCCGCAGCGAACAGCAGUGCAACGUCCUCGGAAUCGGAAGACGAAAGACGCCCCCCGCCGCAGGAUAUGCGCUCGAUGGCCGGCUUUCGUACGCUUGGCAGUGGCGCACCACCGAAAGCACAGGGAGGCAAGCACGUGGGCAACUGGGAGCAGCAUACGCGUGGCAUCGGCGCGAAGCUGCUGCUACAGAUGGGCUACCAGCCGGGCAAGGGGUUGGGCAAGGAUCUGCAGGGCAUUUCCGCACCGAUCGAGGCGCACCUGCGCAAGGGCCGCGGUGCGAUCGGGGCGUACGGGCCGGAGAAAAAGACCGUGGUGGCGGACGCGAAACAGAAGCAAAAGCAGGACGACACAAAGGCGCUGCCGGCUGCCGGUGGCAAGGAGGAGGAAACGCGCCAGUGGCGUAAGGAGGGUGGUAAGCAGAGCAAAUCGCGCUACUUCUUCAAAUCCGUCGAGGACGUGAUCGAGAAGGGCAAAAAGACGGCCACGUACGCACCGUUCGACAAGAGCUCGUCGAAGCUGGCGCAGGUGACGGUGAUCGAUAUGACGGGGCCGGAAAAGCGUGUGCUCAGCGGAUACCAUGCCCUGGGGCAGGCAAAGGUGGCCGACGAGGAGCUGUACGAGUUGGGCGGGCAGGCGGGCGGUAAACCACCACCGGCCAAGGAAACGAUCCACUUCGCCCUGCCCGAGCUGCUGCACAACCUCAACCUGAUGGUGGAGUACUGCGAGCAGGACAUAAUCACGAUCGACAAGCAAAAGUGUGAGGCGAAAGAUCGCGAGGAACAGUUGCUGCACGAAAAGCAAAACCUCAUCCGCAUCAGCGAGCUGGAGAAGGACUACCUGCACACGCUGGACGGAGCGCUCGAGCUGGUGCGCGCACUGGUCGAACCGGCCGGCGGCUCGAUCGAGCUGGAAGAGUGUGAGCGCAUCUUUGUGCGCCUGUACGCGGACUAUCCGGCGGAGUGUAAGGAGUUUGGCCUGUCCGACCUGGCCGCGGGUGUCGUGGCCCCCCUGCUAGCGAACCGGCUACGCGAAUGGAAACCGUUCAGCGAACCGACGCGUCAUCUGGACAUUUUCAAGCGCUGGAAAUCGAUCCUCGCCUCCUCGCGCACCGACACCGUCAACAGUCUGCUCGACCCCUACUCGGCCGUCGUGUGGAGCGGCGUCGUGCCCAGCAUCCGGUCCGCUGCCAGUGAAUGGAACCCGCGCGCACACCAGCCAAUGAUAGCGCUGCUCGAUGCGUGGGCACCGCUGCUGCCUGCCUGGAUACUGGACAACGUGCUCGAGCAGAUCGUGCUGGUAAAGCUUACGGCGGCGGUGAUCGAGUGGGACCCGCUCACCGACACCGUCCCGAUACACUGCUGGAUACACCCGUGGACCGAACUGCUCGGGCCGAAAAUGGAAGGCAACAUCUAUCCGGCCAUCCGGGAGAAGCUGGCCCGCGCCCUGAAGGGCUGGCAUCCGGAGGAUCGUUCCGCCCGUGCAAUGCUUACCCCCUGGAAGGGUGUCUUCGCGGAGGAAGAUCUGCAGGUGUUUCUGGCGAAAAACAUCAUCCCCAAGCUGGAGCUGCGGCUAACCGAGCUGAUCGUCAACCCGCUGCAGCAGGAUCUGGAAAUCUUCAACCAGGUGUGGGAGUGGCACGAGCUCAUCUCACCCCUCCAGAUGGCCACCGUGCUCGAUAAGUACUUCUUCCCGAAGUGGCUCCAAACGCUCGUGAUUUGGCUGAACCAGUCGCCCAACUUCGAUCAGGUGUCCCGCUGGUACCAGGGCUGGAAGGCACAGUUCACGGACGACGUGGUGCGCCAUCCGAACAUAAAGGAGUGUUUCCGCAAAGCGCUCGAACUGAUGCAACGCUCCAUCGGGCUGGGUGGAUCGGGUGCGGGUGGACCGAGCGCUUCGCCGCCGGUGAUGGAAUCGAUACCGCCGCCCCCGAAACCACCGACCGUGACGAUGAUGGACAUGCAGCAGCUAGACACGCAGCCAACGCUCGAGUUUAAGGAGCUGGUGUCGCAGAAGUGUGCCGAAAGGGGGAUCAUCUUCGCGCCGAUGCCGGGCAGGAGAGAGCUGGGCAAGCAGGUAUAUCGCGUGGGCAAGCUGUUCUGCUACAUCGAUCGGUCCGUGUGCAUCGUUAGUCCGGAUGGGGGUGUUAGCUGGACGCCGAUAUCGUUGGCGGCGCUGCUCGAGCGGGCGGUCAGUGGGUGAAUUGAUGAUAUUAAUUGUAAGAGUGACAUACUAGUUCGGUAAAAUAAAACUUAACUAACUUUAAUAGGAGUAGAAA